AUGUCUUCUGCGGAUGCUACUGAGUACUACGGGCGUGUUUGGAUCCGGAACAUACUCACGCUACACGCUCCGGUCCACAGACACGCCCACAACGUGGUUUCGGCGCUCAGCUUGCUGAUUCACUUACGUUUGAGUCGAGCCAAGGCGGCCGAAAUCGGAGCGCGCCUCCCCGACUCGAACCCGAGCCAACGAGAGAACCGAUGGUAG